AUGGCGUUUUAUCGAAUCGGUGUGGAUGUGGGUGGCACCAAUACCGAUGCUGCCAUUCUUAACGCGGCACCUGCAGCCCUCCCAGAACAGGACUUGCAUCGAGAUCAACGGAGGGGGGUGUGCGCUUCCAGCAAAACCCCAACCACUGCUGAUGUAACGUCUGGCAUCUGCACGGCAAUCGUUGAUGUCCUCGCCAAGGCGCAGAUUCCCGCCCAGGAGGUGCGCAGCGUGGCCAUCGGCACUACCCACUUCGUCAACGCCGUCGUUGAGGCCGACCCCCGUCGACUCAGUAGGGUCGCUGUCAUUCGUCUGUGUGGUCCUUACACUAGAGCGGUCCCGCCAUUCUCUGACUUCCCACCACGGCUGCGUGACAUUAUCGGAGGCCCGGUUUUCUAUCUAGAUGGUGGCCUCGAAAUCGAUGGUCGGGAAAUCUCGCCCAUCUGCCCUCAACAGAUAGAGAAUGCCGUGUCUGAGAUCGAGAAGGCUGGGAUUACGACCGUCGCGCUCGUUGGGGUGUUCUCUCCCCUCGAUCACCGGGGCACAAAUGAGGCAGCCUGCAAGGGACUGAUGUUACAGCAGAACCCCAACUUGUCAGUGGUGUGUUCUGCCGACAUUGGCAGCGUUGGCCUAUUGGAACGUGAGAAUGCCACAAUCCUCAACGCCUCCAUCCUGGACCUGGCGAAGAAGACUAUUCGAGCUUUUUGUCAGGCCAUGAAGGAUCUACAGCUGAAGUGUCCAUUGUAUCUUACUCAGAAUGAUGGCACCCUGACUAGCGCUGCGAUGGCCGCCGAGCGCCCUAUUCAGACCUUUGCCAGUGGGCCGACGAACAGUCUGACAGGGGCAGCUUAUCUGGCCGGUCUGGACCAACGGAGCAACAACAGCAGCAUCCGCGGCAACACAGACACCCAAAUACUGGUCAUGGAUGUCGGAGGAACGACUACCGAUGUUUGCGCUCUCUUGCCAUCUGGAUUCCCUCGCAAGGCGCCCAACUUUGUCGAAGUCGGUGGAGUACGUACGGCCUUUCCUAUCCCCGAAGUGCUUUCAGUGGGCCUGGGUGGAGGGAGUCGCAUCCACAUUGAUCAUGCCCAAGAUGCCGUUAGUGUUGGACCGGACUCGGUCGGAUACCGACUGACACAGGAAGCUCUAGUCUUCGGCGGCCAUACCAUGACCUCAACAGAUAUUGUUGUCGCGUCUGGCAAGGCUGGGCUGGGAGAGCCCUCUCGGGUAGCGCACCUCCCGGCUACCAUUAUUGACAAAGCACGCGCGGGCAUAAAGAAAAUCCUCGAGCGGGCUAUUGAUGAGAUGAAGGUGUCUGACCAGCCCGUGACCCUCUUGCUGGUCGGGGGCGGCUCCAUCGUCUACAUGGAUGCACUGGAGGGCGUCACCGAGUGCAUUCUCCCUCCACACUAUGACUCAGCCAACGCAGUUGGGGCUGCCAUUGCCAAAGUAUCUGGUGAGGUGGAUGUUAUUGAGAUCCUGGAAGGUCGCGAUGAGGGAGCCGUAGUUGAAGCAGCAAAGCAGCAAGCGGUGCAGGCCGCCAUCGCACGCGGCGCUGACAAGGACGAUGUGAGCGUCGUGGAGGUGGACAAGAUCCCUCUGCAGUACGUCACGAACAAGGCGGUCCGUCUUAUUGUCAAAGCUGUUGGCAGGCUUGCAGCCCCCGCUCCAGGUAGUGAAUCUGCAGAAGACCAUGUGGUAUCUUGGAUGUCAAUCAAUGUCAAUGAUUCGCCCCUUACAGAACCUUCCACCGUGGAGAUGGUGGCGAACGGCACUCCUCCAUCCUUGAUCACUACCAAACACACUGCAUCCCUCAAUCUUGACACUUAUGUUCCUGAAGUGGCGGACCACGUUUGGUACCUUUCCGCCGUCGACUUGGAAUUCAUCGCAACCGGGACCGGUGUAUUGGGCACAGGUGGAGGGGGACCGUCUUAUCUGCAGUACUUGCAAUGUCUAGAUUGGCUGCAAAGCUCAGAGGCAAAAGGUCGCAUGAGGGUGGUACCCCCAGACCGCAUGAACGACUCGGGUGUUUGCGUGUUUGGAUCGUGGUAUGGUGCCCCCAGUGUGUCCGGGGAGCGAAUUCCGGCCAAGAUCGAGCUCACGACUGCCAUCGACCAUGCCGUGCGUCUCUCUGGAUAUACGCAUUUCGAUGGGAUCAUUGCCGACGAGAUUGGCGGAGGGAACGGGAUGUCCACCUUUCCCACCAGCGCCUACUACGAUAUCCCGGUUCUCGACGGUGAUCUCAUGGGCCGCGCCUAUCCCACCAUGGAGCACGGUAAGUAG